GGCCGUGCGGCCCACCGUGCCAGGCUGGCAGACGGCUACUAGUACUUCGCAGGCAAGCACAGCGCCGGGACGGGAAAAAGCCGCCGGAAAUCAUCUCACCCUGUCACGGAAUAACCACCGCGAGAGAGAGAGAGAGAGAGGGAGGGAGAGGGAGGGGCGGGGCGAUGGCGUCCGCCGUGCCGUGGAAGCCGCUGUACUGGCAGCGCAUCCGCGACGCCUCCGUUCUCGCCGACGCCGCCCGCGACCGCCUCGCCGCCGUGGCCCUCGACCUCGUCCCUUUGCCUCCCCGGGCCGUCGACGUCGCUCACGCAGUCUCCCUGAUCGGGGACUGCGAGGAGAAGCUAGCCGAGGCCGGCAAGUUUCUCGGGUUCCUGCUGUCUUCGCUGGGGACCGUGGAGAUCCUGGCGCUUAGGCGGAUGUGGAGCGACGACGCGUUGGAGCAGCAGCUCCGGCCGAGGGCGCGCCAGGCCAGCGCGAGUGCCGGCGCGGCCUACGACGACGUGGCCUCUUCCCGCGGCCACCUCGGAGCAGCGCGUCGCCUUCUCGCUCCAGGCGACCUCCUCCGGCCCCACGUCGACCGGCAGGUCCUCGCCGCCGCCAGGGACGUCGCCGCGGCUGUCGAGCAGCUCCACGGGGUGGAGGCCGCGCUACGUACCGGCGGCGACCUGGCUCUGCCGCGCGCCCUGCUGCCCCGGAGCGCCGACCCCAUCACCCGCACAGCCGAGGCCGCGGCGCACCCCGGCGCCAAGAGGCCGAGGGAGCACGGCGACGCGUGGAGGGCCGUCGCACGCUCCGUCCCCGCCACGCUCCUGCAGGCGUGCGCCCACCUCCCCGAGCUCGAGGCUGCGCACGCCGAGCUCGCCCGCUGCGCCGACGCCCUCGAGACGUCCACGUCCGAGAGGGCGGUGGUCCUUGCCUUCGUCGCGGCGCACACCGCAUUGUCGCGCGUUCUCGCCGCCUUUGCGGGGGCGAACACCGCCUUCUUCCUCUCCACGUCCCAGCUCGGCCUCAACGAUGGCGGGCCCCGGUGGCGAUCUUUGGAGGUCUCGCGCGCCGAUGCCGAGCGCCACGGCCGCGCGGCCCUGGACCUGCUCUGGUCCGCGUCUGCCUGCUUGGAUUACCUCUUCGCCGGCGUCCUCGCAUGGUCCGACUUCAAGUCUAGGGAGGCCGACGAGCUUUUGCGCCGAUCCGUCGCGGAGGCCGGCGAGGCGGUCGACGCCGCCAACUCCAUGUGCGCUGCAGGCGGCCGCAUCUUCCUCAGCUCGUGCACAAUCAUAGGUCGUCGUUUCUUCCUGGACCACGGUGGCCAUCGCCGGAGUUCGGUCCACCCCGACGUGCCUAGCCCCUCUCCUCUCCUCCCAACCUGUCCACGAGCUCCCCCUCACUCCCGCAGCUUGCCCCACCCACUUGCCCUCGCCGGAGCUGGCUGUUCCACCGAAAACCAUCACCAUCGUCGCCGCCUCUGUAACCUCCUGUCGCCGCGGCCUCCCCUCCGUUCCAUCCUUCCUCACCGCCCCCUUGGCCUCUGAACGGGUGCGCCUCGUCGUCCUGGUCCCGCCGGUGUCCUUAUAUCAGCCGGAGCCCGUCGGAGUUGCCCGCACCGUCGAAGACCACCGUCGCCUGCCCGCCUUUGUUUCUCCUCUGGUGCCGCCCGUUGCCGCGUCCCCGCGCCUUCCCGCGCCUCCCUCGGGCCGGGAACGGGUGCGGCAGGCCCGCCGCGGCCGCCGGUGUGCUCGGCUCGGCAGGAGCCGGCCGGCCCGUCGCCGGCUUCGCCUCUCCCCUCUGCUCCUCUGUCUCUGGUCGGGUGGAGCCGGACGCAGCACGGCGGCGAGCAGGCAAGGAGCGGCGAGGAGAGGAGCAAG